AUGAGCACCAGACAAACAAAGAGAAAGUGGGAAGAAAGAAUGAGAGACAUUGAAGAGCUAGCGUAUCAGUAUCAACAAAAGCCACUCUGCUCACGUUACAGACCGCAGUUGUCCAAACCUUGGCAACCAUCCUCUAUUUGGAAGCUGUUUCAUCGCCAAAUCCAAGCAUUUAACUUUGCCAAGAAUUGUAAAGAGGAUGUUCAUGUAUUUGCGUUGGAAAAGAAUGCUGAAAACAAGCAGAGGUUUUAUCUUGUGACAACAUACCCAGAACUUUGGUUUUAUUACAACAAACAUUAUGAAACGAGUCUCAUGCACUGCUAUGAAGUUAUUCCAGAAAGUGCUGUUUGCAAACUUUACUUUGAUUUGGAAUUUUACAUAUCAACGAAUCCAGGAGCUGAUGGGCAGCAGAUGGUUGCAACUUUAAUAGAGUUCAUUAGUAAAAAAUUAGAACAACAGUAUGGAGUGAAAUGUACAGCUGAAGAUGUUUUGAAUUUAGACUCUAGCACUGAAGAAAAGUUUAGUUGCCACUUAAUAUUUCAGCUCCACAACGCUGCUUUUAAAAAUAAUAUCGAUAUAGGUAACUUUUUAAGAACAAUUUUGCAACCUGCUAUUCUUUUAACUAAGAAUAAAGAUCCAGAGAAACAGGUGGUCGCUGCUAUUUCUCAGAGUUACGAAGCUACUGCUUAUUUGCCUAGUUGUCUUGAAAACCAGACGGUAACCAAGGACACUUCUCAAAGCUGGCAGCUGAAUUCACACAGAACACAGGAGAAAGAGACAUCUCAAUGGUCGGAAAGUCCAGAUCUUUCCUUUCUGAUAGUGAAUUGUAAACAUGGAGGAAAGCAACUAUUUGUGGAUCUUGGUGUUUAUACAAAGAACAGAAACUUCCGGCUGUACAGAUCAUCAAAAGCAGGAAACUGUGCCAUUUUAGACAUCGCUAAAGAUAACAAGUUUGUUCCUAAAUCUGUAAAGAAUACUUCUAUUGAAGAGCAAUAUUUCUUUUCCUCUUUGGUCUGUAAUGUGAGGUUUUCAAGUUGUUUAAAAAUUCUGUCCUAUGACAAGCCAGAAAAGGCAAAAGAAGAGUCUGUUUGUUUAGAUGGCAGCAUUUCUAGUAGCAGCUCAGUCCCCAUUGGAGGAUACCAGAGUUCGCCCUAUCCAGAAAUUGAUAACUUCAUUGUCUCUUUAGUCAGUAAAGAUAAUGUUCAAGGAGGGAUACGACGAUGGAAUUAUUUUUCUCUUGAAGAGCUUCUUGUGUAUGACAUCUCUAAGUAUCGCUGGUGUAGAAAUAUUGGCAGAGCUCACAAAAGCAACAAUAUAAUGAUUAUAGUAGAUCUGAGAAGGGAAAUUUGGUAUCAAAAAUGUCAUGACCCUUCUUGCAGAGCACAGAACUUCAAGUCAGAAUGUUUUCAAUUACCAUCUAACGUAUGCCUCCCGUUCCUUUUCAAAGAGGAUGAAGACUUUGUAUAUAUAAUGGAUGGAAAUGGGAACAUAGAAGAAAAAGCAAACAUGUGUAAUUCUACAGGCGUGUCAUUAACAGCAAAACACGAAAACAUGGCACAAAACAAGAGAAGUUCAAAUGUUGAGUGGGAUGAUGAGCUUGAUGACAUAUGUUUUUUGGAAGCUUCAGAAGAUGUGGAACUAGUUGAAGCUGUUACUGAUUUGCAUCCUCAGAGGAACUGGGCUGUUGAUGAAAUACCAGAUGAGCUCCUACUAGAUGCUUUAAAAAAACAUGAAGUUGAUAAAGUUCUGGUGUAA